AUGGACAAGGAGUUGGAAUGGAGUUACGAAAUCGGGCGAACAGCGGAGUUCAUUGAGAGCAAUAAGUUGAGGAGAGUGGCUUUGCAGUUCCCCGAUGAGCUUCUCAAGGAUUCCGUCAGGAUUGUCACUGCUCUGCGGGCCUCACUCAGCGAGCAAGUGGGCUUGUUCCUUAUGGCCGACACGGCCUACGGUAGUUGCUGUGUGGACGAGGUUGGAGCAUCCCAUGUCGACGCCGAUUGCGUUGUUCACUACGGCCACACCUGCCUCAGUCCGACAACAAAGCUUCCAUCAUUGUUUGUUUUUGGGAAGGCUCCCAUCACUGUAUCCCAUUGCGUAACCAAUCUUCUACAUUAUGCUCAACCCACUGGAAAGCCUGUUAUGGUUCUUUUUGGAUUGGAUUAUGCGCAUUCCAUACAGCAAAUAAGAGAAUCUGUCAUGGCAGCAGGGGGACGCGACUACAAGCGAGAAGUUCAAUUUGCUGAUGUAAUGUGUUCAGUUAUGAAUCCAUUGAGCGAUCCUCAAGUUUCCAAUGACAUAGCAGCUGAUGGCGUUACUAGUAGCAACAGUUUUGGGACAGUAUCCGGGAAUGUUUAUAGAAUUGGAGGCUUGGUCUGGGAAUUACCUGAGGGAAGCAAGAUGGAGGAUUACUUGCUUUUCUGGAUCGGUUCCAAUAACUCGGCCUUUGCAAAUAUUGUUUUAACAUAUAGUGGUUGUGAAAUAGUCAGAUAUGAUGCGUCAGAAUGCAGUAUGGUGACUGAUCUGUCUCAACAAAGAAGAAUUCUUAAGCGCAGAUAUUACCUAAUGGAGAAGGCAAAGGAUGCUAACAUUGUUGCAAUCUUAGUAGGAACCCUUGGUGUAGCUGGGUACUUGAAUAUGAUUCACCAGAUGAAAGAACUGAUUACAGCAGCUGGGAAAAAAGUUUAUACUCUAGUUAUGGGAAGACCAAACCCUGCAAAACUUGCCAACUUCCCAGAGUGCGAUAUUUUCAUUUAUGUCUCUUGCGCCCAAACUGCUCUGCUGGAUAGCAAAGAAUAUUUAGCUCCAGUAAUCACUCCUUUUGAAGCCAUGCUAGCUUUCAGCAGAGGAUCUCAGUGGACCGGAGAAUAUGUAAUGGAAUUCCGUGAUUUGAAAAAUUCUUCUCCAGUGGAAUCAAGAAACCAGUCUGAAGAAGCACGAUUUUCCUUCAUACAAGGUGGAUAUGUAGAAGGGUUUGAUCGAGAAGGGAAUGAUGCCGAAGAAGACAAGGAAGGAGCUCUCGCUUUAGCAAAUGUGACAGAGAAGGCUCUGCAAUUGCGUGACGACCCUAACACCACAGCCAAGCGAACGGCUAAGUCUGGUGCAGAGUUUUUAGCAGCUCGAUCCUAUCAGGGUCUAGAUAUACAUUAUGACACUUCCUUGCCAGGACCAUAUCUAAUGGGGAGGAAAGGGAGGGCAGCAGGGUAUCAAGAUGAAAAAAGCAUGUAACACAAAUUGGAAUGAGCCUAAGAAGGUGGAAUGAUGUAAUAGAAGGACUAGGCGAAGAUUUGCGAGAGAAUGUAUUGAUGAGAAGGAUGUGCGGAAAGCAGGCCAAGGACAGGCAAGAAAAAUAGCAUCUUCAGAUCGAUCUGCUUUCCACCUUGGAGCUUAGGGAAGCUGUUUCCCUAAGGAGAGUAUUAGAGUCAUGGUUCAUCAUAUACAAUUUCUUGACAAAGUUGUUUGUUCUGUAUUCAUAUCUUUUGCUUUGCUCAUUCUUUUCUUUAAG